GGGUGGGAGCUGCCGGGGCCGGGGUCGGGGCGUGUCCGUCAGCGGCGUCUCAGUCUGUUCGGCUGGGGCCAUGGCGCGCCGCGCCUGAGAGCCGGUGACCCGGGCACGGGCGGGCGGGGGCAGCCGGCGGCGCUCAAGCCCGGCAGAAAAUGGAAGGGCCGUCGGGCUGUGCGGAGCAGCCGCUGCUCACAGUCACGCUCGAGCUGAGGAACGCAAAUUUGACAGGCCAUGCAGAGAAGGUGGGAAUUGAAAACUUUGAACUCUUGAAAGUUCUUGGAACAGGAGCCUAUGGAAAAGUGUUCUUAGUGAGGAAAGUAAGUGGCCAUGACGCUGGAAAGCUUUAUGCCAUGAAAGUAUUGAAAAAAGCGACAAUAGUUCAAAAAGCCAAAACAACUGAGCACACGAGGACGGAACGACAGGUGUUGGAACAUAUUAGGCAAUCGCCAUUUUUGGUCACGUUGCACUAUGCUUUCCAGACAGACACAAAGCUUCAUCUCAUUUUAGACUACAUAAAUGGAGGAGAACUUUUUACUCACCUUUCACAAAGAGAGAGAUUUACAGAAAAUGAGGUGCAGAUAUACAUUGGAGAAAUUGUAUUGGCACUUGAACACCUACACAAGUUGGGAAUUAUAUAUCGGGAUAUAAAACUUGAGAAUAUUCUUCUUGAUUCUAAUGGCCAUGUGGUGCUGACAGACUUCGGCCUGAGUAAGGAGUUUCUUACUGAUGAAAAUGAGAGAGCAUAUUCCUUUUGUGGGACAAUAGAAUACAUGGCUCCAGAUAUUGUCAGAGGUGGAGAUAUCGGACAUGACAAGGCGGUUGAUUGGUGGAGUCUUGGUGUUCUUAUGUAUGAGUUAUUAACUGGAGCAUCGCCUUUUACAGUUGAUGGAGAGAAAAAUUCCCAAGCUGAGAUUUCUAGGAGAAUAUUAAAAAGUGAACCUCCAUAUCCCCAAGAGAUGAGUGCUUUAGCUAAAGAUUUGAUUCAGUGUCUUUUGAUGAAAGAUCCUAAGAAAAGGUUGGGCUGUGGUCCAAGUGAUGCAGAUGAAAUCAAACAACAUGCCUUCUUUCAGAACAUAAACUGGUCUGAUUUAGCUGCCAAAAAAGUACCAGCCCCAUUUAAACCAGUAAUUCGUGAUGAAUUGGAUGUUAGUAACUUUGCAGAAGAGUUUACAGACAUGGAUCCCACAUAUUCUCCUGCAGCCACGCCACAGACUUCAGAAAAAUUAUUUCAGGGUUAUUCUUUUGUUGCUCCUUCUAUUUUGUUUAAACGCAAUGCGGCUAUAGUAAAUCCUAUUCAGUUUCAUAUGGAAGAUGAACGACCUGGCAUUACAACUAUUGCUAGAAGUGCUAUGAUGAAGGACUCUCCAUUUUAUCAUCAUUAUGAACUGGAUCUGAAAGAGAAACCAUUGGGAGAAGGAAGUUUUUCCAUCUGUCGAAGGUGCUUACACAAGAAAACUAGCCAAGAAUAUGCAGUAAAAAUAAUUAGUAAAAGAAUGGAAGCAAACACCCAGAGAGAAAUAACUGCUUUGAAGCUCUGUGAAGGACAUCCCAAUGUAGUGAAGUUGCAUGAAGUUUUUCAUGAUCAGGUUCACACAUUUCUAGUAAUGGAACUGCUGAAAGGGGGAGAAUUGCUUGAACGUAUUCAAAAAAAGAAGCACUUCAGUGAGACAGAAGCCAGUUAUAUUAUGCGCAAACUUGUUUCAGCUGUGAGUCACAUGCAUGAUGUGGGAGUAGUCCAUAGAGAUCUGAAGCCUGAGAAUUUAUUGUUCACAGAUGAAAGUGACAAUUCAGAAAUAAAAAUAAUUGAUUUUGGGUUUGCUCGGCUAAAACCACCUGAUAACCAGCCUCUUAAGACUCCAUGUUUUACCCUUCAUUAUGCUGCCCCAGAGCUCUUCAAUCACAGUGGUUAUGAUGAAUCCUGUGAUCUCUGGAGUUUGGGGGUCAUUUUGUAUACAAUGCUAUCAGGACAGGUGCCUUUCCAGUCUCAAGAUAAAAGUUUAACAUGCACAAGUGCAUUGGAAAUUAUGAAGAAAAUUAAAAAGGGGGAAUUCUCCUUUGAAGGAGAAGCCUGGAAGAAUGUCUCUCAAGAGGCCAAAGACUUGAUACAAGGACUUCUUACAGUGGAUCCGAAUAAAAGAAUUAAAAUGUCCAGCUUGAGAUACAACGAAUGGCUUCAGGAUGGCAGCCAGUUAUCAUCCAACCCUCUAAUGACUCCUGAUAAUUUAGGGUCUUCAGGAGCUGCCGUACAUACAUACGUCAAAGCCACCUUUCAUGCUUUUAACAAGUACAAAAGGGAAGGAUUUUGUCUCCAGAAUGUUGACAAGGCACCUCUUGCAAAAAGAAGGAAAAUGAAAAAGACAAGUACAAGCACAGAGACACGUAGCAGCUCCAGUGAAAGUUCACAUUCUUCCUCCUCUCAUUCUCAUGGUAAAACUACACCUACAAAGACACUGCAGCCAACAAAUCCUACAGACAGCAAUAACCCAGAAACCAUCUUCCAAUUCUCUGAUUGAGGAGCAGAGAAAUGUCCUAUCUCCAAGAAUUAAGUGGUGAAAACUUGGUAAUACGUGUGCCCCUUUGUCAUGGAGGGAUAACAGAGAGAUGUUUUGUUACUUUUAACAAUUAAUUUCAGCUCUAUGUUUUUAGCUUUCUAUUUCAAGACAUAUGGUUGUAGUACUUGUUCAGUUAUACUGGGUAUGGUGUAAGAGUUAUUGUACAACCAACACUGUGCUCUCCUAAGGCUAACAAUUUCUUUGCUGCUCAAGGGAGGGAAAAUGCUUUAAAAGACAUAGACCUCUUGGAGUAUAUGCUCUUGCCUACCUGUCUGAGGGGUAUUAGAGCAGCUCUGCUGACUUUGUUUUCCCUGGCACACAAGAAAAGGCGGUACAGUACACCAAAGCAAGAUGGCACUUAUGUCCUUUCUAAGUCCCUUGUGCUGGCACAUGGGAUGGGCCAGAAUCUGGCCCUUAAUUUGGAAUUUAACAAAAGAUUUAAGUGUUAUGGUACUCUGUUAUUUUACAAAUUUACUCCAUAGAUUUUGUUUUAAGCUACCUGGAGUAUAAUCAAUUCUUACGUUUCUUUUACAUCUAGAUAAUUUAUGGUGGGCAGGUGCAGCAGUUUGUACUGUGUUAUUUUAUUUCUACUUCUUGAGAAUCUGAAUUUUUAAAAAGUAACUUUUCAAAUUCCACAAAAACAAUACUAUGCCUGAGUAAAAAAAUGAAAUUUAAUUUUGAACAGUUAGGAAAAGGAUCAUGUUUAAAUAUACAUUUCAAGGAUAACUAUAAUUUAUUUUUUAUAUAUAUUUACAUGGAAAUUUUAAAACGCUGAGAUGAUAUUUUUUUUUAAAGAUUCAGAAUCUCCAGUUUCUAUAUUUGUUAUCAUAGGGUCCAUACAAAUGCAUGCCAAUCUGCGUUCUUAAUUUUGCAUUGGACAAGCAUGGCCAAUUUGCUUAACAGUUUAUUAAAUGUUAGAUUUUUUUUAUUUUCUGCACUUUAUAAAACAUCUGAAUAAUGUUGAUGUUCUAAUAAAGUGGACUUAGGGAUGUCUCGUGUAAGAUGCUAAGCACUACUCUAACUUCAAGUCCUAUGGACUUCAGUGGUAGUUGUGGGCAGCUUGGAGGACAGUCAGCAGCUUGAAGGAAUGCACUCCUGUAUCUUACCCCUUUUUUCUGUUCCUUAUCAUAUGUUGCAACCUUUUAUAGAUCUUGCUUUUUCUUUGUAUAUAACAAGUAAUUAGACUUGGGCACAUUAUAUAGUGUAGUUGUAAACCACUUAUACACUGGGAAAAACUGAAGGGAAAUGGGAAAUUAUACUAAACACUGUGCUUCACAACUGUACACUGUGUUGUUCUGCAGUGAGGUAUUUCCUACUGUGAUAGUAUAUUAUGUACAUAACCUGUUUGGAAUCAUAAAUGUGACUUUUACCUAAGCAUUUCCAUUGAUAAACUUUUAAAUUGAACAGUGUAUUUUAUAAAUUUAUGCAGAGCACUUUUACUGCUCAUAUUGUGAAUGACUAGGGACAAUUAAGUGCUAAAUAAGACUCCAUUCUGCAAACAUUUAUGCAUGUGAGUCAUCCCAUUGAAAUCAAUGAGAUGAAUUGUGUAAAGUUAAGUGUGUAUGUGUGUGUAUAAACACACAUUCGUGCACGCACACACAUAUUAUACACAUACACACAUAUACAUGUAUAUGUAUAUAUGUAUAUAAUUCUUUGUUUGCAUUACUGGAGUCUAAUUGACUAAGAGGUUUUAUUAACAGCUUGCUGCAUUUUAAAGUAAAAAUAUUCCAAAUCCUAUGCAAAAAAGGUUAUAGGAAUUGUUUGUAUUAAUGGUUUUAUUUAUGAAAUUAUAUCAGUUAUCAGUAUUGAUAAAUAAAAUGCAUUCAUGUUUACAGGGAUCAUGUGUAACAAAACCAAGAGGCUUUGAAAUGUAACAUAUUUGUUGUGUGUUGCUUUAAUAAUAAUAAUGACAGCAUUUUGAGAUUUGGGAAUUGCAGAUGUGAAUUACAUUACUACUUUCUUGACUUGAAUGUCAACAGUAAUUGCAGCAUUAAUUUCAGGUUGAUGUGAAUAUUGAGAUUUGCACUGUUAUGUAGAGUUAGCAUAUUUAAUCUUAAAGAUCAGUGUACAUGAUAGUAACUCAACCAGUUUAAAGUGGCUGGUGUUAAAAUAUUGAAAAAUAAUGUUAAUGUAGUAUUCUAUCCAGAUUUGCUUUCUGAAUUCUCUUGUUGGAAGCAAUCUCAGAAGUUAACACGGUUCAGUUGGAGGAAAAAAAUUACAUUCUCUUUCCCCAGUAAACCUAGUGUAAACAUGAAGAAACUGUAACUACAAUUAAAACUUGUUCUGCAAACAGUACCGAUGAACUGAGGUGCAGACUGUUUGUAAUAUUCAGUAAAUUGCACUUUGAGGUAUUUUCUCCAUAUAGUUUUUGUCAUCUUUUAAACUGAAAACAUGAAAAAAUACUUGUGUUUUUAACAAAUUCUAAAAGGUUUUUAGAUACAAAAAGUUUUGAAAUGCAGUGACCCUGCUGAAUUUAACUUUGAAAUUAAGGGUGCAAUACAGUUACAUUUGCUCGUUUGAAAAACUUAAAUGGCUUUUUAUAUUAAAAAAAACUUUAUGGACAUCGGGUACAAUGGAAUAAAAAACUAUCAGAAAAAAGAGAAUGAUUGGGCAAGACAUUUAAUGAAUAGGAAAAGUGUAGUUAUAUUUUCUUUGUUUCCCAGCAUGGGCAGCUUUUAUUAGAAGGCUUAUUACACCGAUUUUAGACUUUGAUGGGACUCUAAAAUUAACACAGCUCACAGGAAUGGAUAACACAUCACUUGCACAAAAGAUAAAUUUUCCUUCACACCUUUGUCUAAUUUCCAUUAUUCCAGUAUUCUACCAGUAAUGUUUUGCCUAGCACCAGAAUAAUUUUUACCAUGAGUAAUUAUACCUAGCUACAAAUAAAGAUCCAGGGCAUGAUGAUCUAUAGCUCGUGCCUUGUGUAGUCAUAUAUGCCAGUGUAAGGGACUAUAAAAUUCUGUUAACUGAGAAUAUUAUAAUCUGUGUUUCAUUUACCCUAGGACUGCUUUACACCACUCUUGCAAUGUUACGGAGCAUUAAAAUGGCCAAUUUACACUAUUAUCAAUAUGAUGGAAAGAGAUCUUAGUAUCUACAGUAGCCUUUCAUAUCAAGUUACUCAAUUGUAAGUUAACUUGAGUUAGUUAAACAUUUGUAAAAUAUAAGGUGGCUUCUUCCCAUGCAUUUUUGCCUUACCCUAUCCUGAACAUCAGCAAUGUGUGAACUCUAGAUUUAAAAAAAUGAAAAGUUAAUUCAAGACCAAAAUGAUAAUCAGAUUUACACCCUUUUACACACACUGGUGUACACAGAUAUGCACACUAAGUUAGGUCCUGGAUAUCUAUUUGUACUUUUUGCUCUUCUCCUUUUUAAUACAGUAAUUUCGGCCACAUUUUUAAGAGGAAGAAUGCUACAUGUUCUUGAAAGAUUCUGGUGUAACUGAAAACAACAGCUCGCAGUGUCAGAUUAUAUGAUACAGUCAACAAUACUGGGGGGAAAAAGCAGAAGUACAAUUCGUUAUCAAAAUAGUCUAUGUAACUUUUUUUACUCCAAUUAAUGCAAUUUAAAUAAAUCAAAAAGUUUAAUUAAGUAGUUAACUAAUACUUGCCACUUCCUCUUUCUUACAAAGAACAAAGUACAUCUCAUUUACAGGAUUAUUCCUUCCUAGAGGGUCAGAGUACUUCUUAUACUUAUUUUAUUUGUACAGUAUUCCAAAACAGAAUUUUAUGAUAGUUUAUAAUUAUAAGUUACUGUUCUGCAAGACAGCAUAAAGAUUCAAUAUUCGAUCAGAACUGACUCAGGUUUUCCUGUCUCCCAGGUUGACACUGCUGUUGCACCUCUUUUCUCUGCCUUUUCUACUGCUGCCUUCUGAACAAAAUAAUUAGUUAUACCAGCACAGCCACAUUCCCUUGUACUUCUUCCAGGAAGAGAGUAGUUUCUUAAAGGAACACAUUCACAUAUACAUUUUAUAGGUGUGGUAAGGAAGUGUCACUAUAUAAUAAUUUUAUAUUUUCAAUCUUUAAUAGCAAGUAUGUAUAUAUUUUAUUUUUUUAAUUAAUUUUGGUCUUUAUCUAGAAUAUUUUAUUGUGGUGUUAUGCCUUAUGUGUCAUAGCAGAAGUUUCAGCUUAGCCUUCCUUACAGUCUUUUUCUUCCUUUACAUGAUUCCUUCCCUAUUCUUCUCCUUCCUAUAUCCCACCCCUCAGCUGUCUAUCUUGUCUUUAUAGUGUCCACUACUCCAUAACCCUCCUUAUGAGGAAUCUCAAUAUUUGAAUAUUCUAGACAGAGGGAAUGGAAUAUAGUAUGGUUGCUUCUGUUCUACAGAGACCAAAGUGCCUUGAUCUCUGUGACCUUUCUGGCCAGGUUCAGAUAUUACAAGUUUAUUUGUAUAAGUGAUUGGAAACUGGUCUAUACCCAUAAUAGAAGAGAAGUUCAGCAUACAAACCCAGUCUAUAUCUGUAACAGAACAGAAGUUUAGCACACAGACUGCUUUGAAAAUGACAGAACCCAGUCUAAGACUUCUGCCCUCCUUCCCCUAAGAAAGAGUGAAUGUGUGGUCUGUUCACUACUGAUCUAAAGUACACCAUUUACAGAAAACUGCAUAACUUGAAUCAAUUCUGCCUCAGGCUGUUUGCUUGUCUGUACCUAGCCUCUGUCUGUGUCAACCUGUGAGAAAUAUCUUCAGUUUACUUCAGGUUACUCCCCAGGCACCAGUCUGGAGUUGCCAAAAGUAACAACUGUAGAGCUCCAAGGUAGUCUUUCCCUAUCACUCUCCAUUUUUAUAAAUCACUCAUUUGUCUAUUGACUCAUCAUUGAGUAUACUGAACCAUCAAAUAGAAACAGAGCCUUUGGAGUUGGUGUCUUUGCAGUCUGGACGUUGUGAAUAAAGAUAAGGCUCUAAAUUUUGUAUAGCAUGAACAGAUGGUUGACUAUAUUGUUUUAAGAGGGGAAAGUAUUUAUUGCUUUUCAGCUGAAUGUGUUGUUUCAUCUGUCUGUUCCUGUUUGGGAGUGUGAUAGUUAAACCUGGGCAGCUGACCUGUGAAAGAAACAGGAUUGAGUUACUACAGUUUAUCUUCACUUUCUGUGGGGUAGGGGUAGACAGAUGAAAUAGUUAUGGUGAAUUAGCUGGGAUGUGUACAUGAACAUUGGGUCAUCAUCGCCUCCUUAAAAACUUUAUAAUUCUUCACUGGUUUAUGCUAGUAGAUUGAUUUGGGCAAUGUCAUUAUUUGAUCUUUGUGUGCACUUAUACCCAAAAACAGGAAGAGAAAAGAAAUGUAAGUAAAGUAAAAUGAUGAUGACUGUAGGAAACUUAUCAGCUAACAAAAUUAACAAGGAAUGCUUGUAAACAAAUUGUAUCUAAGGUAGUUGUUGUUUUCCAGAGUUUUAUACCCAGCUCACUAUAAAAACUCAUUGACAGAAAGGAUGGAUACACACCUUCUUUUGGCUCCUUUUUUCUUUCUCCCUCUUCUGGCUUAUCUUGAAUUUUCUAGUGAAUGUUGUAUGAGUGACUAGAGUAUUACAUUUCUAUUAAAAAAUCUCAGUUAAUAAUCUCUACGACAAGCUAGAUUCUUCUCACAGGAUUUUUUCCAAAUAAAUUAUGUAGAAAUAUACAGUCUAAUUUUCACAUAGGCUGGUUCUAAAAUGACACAAAAAUUAGGAAGCUUAUUUUUAUGAAUAUUCUUAGGAUGUUUUGGCAAAAUCCAUUGGAAUUCUCUAACACUACUAACAUGGGUUGGGGGGGUUGUUUGCUUGUUUGUUUUUUUGCUAAGGAAAAAAAGCUAGCUUUUUGCUGUUUCUAAAAAAUAAUAAUUAUAGAAAAAUCCAUCCAUACUACUAAUGUGAAGAAUUUCUAUUAUGAUAGUGAAGACCAUCUUAAAAACCUGUGUUACCUGCCUAAAACUAAACUAAAUACUUAAUGUUUUUCUGAUUUUUUUUUUUUUUUUUUUAAAGCACUGCUUUUAGGAACUGUGGUUAAAAUAAAAUACUACGAAAUGGAAACAUUUUAAACCUUAGCCAACAAGAUUUACUUUCAAGACCUAUUAACAUAUUUUUAUUUGGGUUUUAUUGGGAUUUGUCAUUUGGACACGCAGGGCGUGUCCAGAUGAGCAUGGCUGGGCAGUAUGUGACACCGCAAACAUGUCUGCAGUGCCAGAUACCCCAUAGUCAGGUGUUCCCCACGCUGCAAGGGCAUGCUGCUCAUGCGUGUAUGGCUCCAUUUGGGGUUGUUUGCGAGGUUUUUUUGACUCAUGGAUAUCCAAGGGCCAAAAAAACCUAUGGAAAAAAAAACAGAGCAGCACACACAGUCAGCGUGUGCCACUGAAAAGCAGAGGGCUGCCUGGAGGAUCACCGCUGCUGCAGCCCCAGGAGGCCCCCAAGAGCCCAGUCUGGACAUGGCCAUACUGUCCAUCUUUAUAAAGCAAUAUAUUUUUAGUGGUGUGUUGUAACAUUUUAUUACACAUUGCUAAAUGCAGUAUGUAAUUGCAUCAUUCUUCAAUCCAGUGUCUGUUUUCAAACCUUUAGCAGUCACUGUAGUCAUAUGCAUGUUGCCUGUUAUAACACACUCUAUACAGUUACUUUGAUUGAAAAUAAAAUAUAUAUGAGUAACUUCUGUCCCUGCAUCAUCAGGCUCACUCAUUUGAAAAUCAAGAGGAAAAGAUAUGUGCUAUUUUAAAAAAAUUAACAAGUUGGCCUUUCGAUAACAAUAUUUGUUUAUAUAUUAACAAUAUAUAAACUGUCCAGCUGGUGGCUGCAGGUCCCCACAGCUGCCUCUCUCAUUUCUGCAUUGUGGGAAAAGGGCUUGGGGAGGCCUGAGCAGCAGGAUGGCAUGCACCAGCCAUGCAGCCCAUGUGAAGGGGGAAGGUGGGGGGCCAUGCACGGCCUAGGGUGAAGAAGUUGUACAUUGCCAGUUUUGUUCAAGUGGCAGGGAGGUGGGAACCUGGGGGAAUGUGCACAGGCCAUAUAGCUGGGGGACACGGGAAAUCCUGGGGGCCUGUCCCUUCAGUGUAUGGCCAGCAUGGUGUGUGGCUCCUGGCUACAGUGGAGUUGGACAGUCCUAUAUUAUUAGAUAAAUCAUUUCCUUCAUAGAUCUUCAAGUGCUUUGCAAAAAUAGAUAGUAUUAGCGAUGGGUGAUUGGAAGUGUUUUGUUUUCAGGAAAUUAGGAAAAUAGUCACUUAAAAGUUUAGGAAAAUAUUUUAAUUCCCUCACAGGAAAUGUUUUUGUUUAGAGUUACAUGAUCAUUUUAAAACAUUUUAAAAAGAAAACUUAUCUGAAAAUUAAAUGAAAGUUUUUUUUGUCAGUGCUAAUGUGACUUAAACUGUUAUGGUUUCUGGUUCCUAAUCGAAAAAUAAGUAAUAAUCUAAGUCUAAAAUAAAUGCUGAUCUGAACCAAUUUUCAUUUUGAGAUUUCCUGCAGAAAAUUCAUUGUUAACCAGUAUUUAUAAUUUUUUGUGAAUGUUGCUUGUAAUUUAAUUUAACUUUUCAUCAGGAAGAGCUCCCACACACAUACUCACCAACCCCCAAAAAAUCAAUCAGGUCUAGAAUUUCAGCCCAUUUUACAGAGAAACACUGAAGCACAAGCCACUGUUACUUACCAGAUAAAAACACCCUGGCGGUCAUGUCAUCAUUGCAUAGUAAACCCAGAAUUUUUCCUGGGUUUUUGCCUAAAUCCUCCUGCCACAUACAGAUUGAAAUCUAUGAACUAGCUUUGGAGGUUUGUUGUAUGGGCUGUUUUAUGCAGCUGUAGGAUAUAGGUUAGAACCCUGGUCUUCUUCAGUUAGACUAGAACCUACCUAUUUUGCAGUCAGGAUGCAGGCUUUUGAGUAUUUAUUGUCCUCCAAUGCCUCCCUGCUGUUCUCACACAAAUGAAGCAGGCCACAUACAAACAAUCAUUUUCUCCUGGGAGAGUUGCUGAUCUCCCAGGAGAAAACAUGGAUGUUAAGGAUUUUCUUCCCAGAGCAAAAAUGGCCACUCCAAGAGAAAAAAAUAAAGUUGGAACAACUAGGAGAGUUUCUUCAGCUUCCUAGGCAGCUUUGUUCCUGUUCCCCUCCCAUCUCCUUCCUCGGGGAGACAGUGUGUCACUUGCAACGACUCUUCUGCUCCAGGUGAGCAAGGAGCAGGAUAAACUACUUUCACAAUCCCACAUUGUACUGAAUGGGGACACAGGCUGACCCUGUGCAGUCUGGGUCAGUCAGUCAGGGUUGCCCUGUGUCCUGCUGCCAUCUGUCUCCAGGCAGACUAAGAGAAUGUGCAGAGCAAACUGAGAUGUGUACACAGGGGCCCCUGGGCUGCGCAACAUCAGCACUGCAUGUUCCCUGCUCUUCAAGGGCUCAGCAGUUUAAAUGUCUGUUCAGUAUUAUUGUAUCUUGGGGUAAGCUUUUCUACCAUGAAAACAAUCCUGGGAAAAUUCUCCCAGGUGAUUUGACCAUGUGCAUGCAGUCACACUCUAGGAUUAUCUCCCAAUUGAUUGUAUUAAUGCAAAGAACCACAGUCUCUGUUCUCCAGACACAUGGAGGGGAGUUCACAAUCUGUGAGAGUCUUACCAGUAUAAGUACAUUGGCUAGAUGGUCUAAGUCUUUUACACCAUCUAACCAACAUAACUAUUCUGACAAAACUUUGUAAUGUAGAUUUGUAAGGAUUUAGACUUAGUUCCUACUAGCAUUAUAAAGUGUUUGCUACUAAAACUUCAUUAGCAAACCCUUGUAGCAGAGACGCACUUUGUAAUAACAAAAGAGUUCUUAUGCCAGUAGAGUUCAUACCAGUUCCCCAGCCAAAACAAGCUAAAUAAAAUGCACUUAGAUAUAAUUACAGUUUCCCACCUUUUUUUUUUCAGAUUAGCUAUUUUGGUUAGGUUUGUAACCUCCCCCCCAUAGAUAUAGCUGUGCUUGGCAAACUUAUACGUGUAGACCAGACCUUUUAGUUAAGACAAAGAGAGAUGGAAGGGAAAGACUGGAGCAUAGGGCUAAAACUAAAGACAGUAGGUUGCAAAGAAGGGACAUAACUAGGGACUUACCUAAAUGGUGAUAGGAGUUUGCAGCACAGGGGCGCCUUUAUAAUCUUGCUCUUUCUGCUGCCUCACCCUCCCCUCUACCACUGCUGAGUGGCCAAGAGGCAAAAAACAUGGUAUUAAUUGCCUCUCAGCCACCAGAAACUUCCAUUGUGAUUUAGGUAGAUCCCUAGUUAUAACAGGAAUAGAGAGGUUACUAGAGGAUUAAAAAAAAACCUCUGUUCUUUCUAAAUUAAUUUGCUAGUCCUGUUUAAUAACAAGAAUACAUCAUUUUCCCCUAAUCUUUUUUUUUUCUAUUUAAUGCUAAAUAAGGGCUAGAUAAACAACCUUUACAUAAUUCACAGUAUACAGAACAGAUAAAGACUAUACACUUCAGUGUAAAGUUAUGUUACUACAUCUAGCAGAGCCUAUAUUCACUACAACAGUUCAAUACAUGCAAGUUACUCUACCCAAUAGAGUCUAGCUCAGUAAAACAAUGCUUCAGGUGCACAGAGUAAUAUAAUAGCUGAGUCAGCAGAAAUAUCUCCAUUUGUUGGGAUGUGAUGAGUCUCCACGACGGGGCAUGAAGGCUCAUACCAACAUAGUUAAACCCCAUAAUAUAGACAAGGCAAAGGAUUCUUGGGUAAAUGGCUCUGUAUUUCUUCGGAUUUCCCUGUGGAUUUAAGCUUAAUGGAAAAUCAAUGUAAGAACUAAAAGCUCCAGAUUAUGAUGAACUAUUUUCUUUUAUAAUUCACACAGAAACAGCUUGAAAUAUUGGUGAUAGAUUUUAAGAUUUUGAGAAAUAAUUCAACAGUUAUCUUACUACCACAUGCUAAUAGGUGUGUGUGUCAUUAAUGUGUUAUAUGUAUUCAUCUAAUUUCCUUAGGAAGUAAUAGUGGUCCAGUACUACAGUGUUAGAGUUGCACUGCAUAACUAGUAUUAAACAAAUGUAUUCCUUUUUUAAAGGUAGGGUACAUGUGGGUAACUGUAAUACUCUAAGUAGAGAUUACCAAACUAAGAAACAUUUUGGUUUAGUAAUGUCUCGUUAUACAAAGAGGAGUGUAACAAAAAGAACAAAAAUUUGAAAUUUGUACCAGAUUUUUUAACCAUGGAUUUUAGAGGUCAGAAAUAUGUUCUCAAAUAUAAUAUAACAUAAUUAUGCAUUUACAUUAUGGAACAAGUUGUAAAUAUAGAACCAUUUGUGUCAUACUUGGAAAAUAUACCAUUCAACAAACUAAUAAAUUUGCUUCUAGGGGUUUUACACAAAACUACCCCACUCAGAUGCUCUGUACAAAAUGUGGUCUCUUCAUUCUGAUACAAAUCCAGUAACUUACUGUAGAUCCAAGGAGCUAACCUAGAUCUUCAUCAUUAUGUUACGGAAAGCUAGUGCCAUGAAACUGACGGUGCUACCUAAAACUGGCACACAUCUCAUUCCAUGCCAAGCAGCGCACGGCCUGUUCUGAUCAGUCACUCUGUGUAUUUUUCUUUACUUGCCUUUAAGGAUUUUCUGUAUUCCUUUUUUUGUAUUUUGAAUUUGCAAGUAACUGGCCGUCAUUCAGUGGAUUUUUUUUCCCCUAGUAUUUCCACAGCAUUGCGUAGGUUUAGGGUUGAGGUUGUUGCAGAACUUCACAACCAAUUUCACUCUUAGGAUAAGAAUUUACACGCUGAAGUGACUGAAAACAUCAUAAUAUGACCCCAUAUUCAUUUAGAGAUUCUGACACGAUGUUCUUUCAGUUUGUAAAUAAAAGGAUGGCGUUGCAUACCAGCACUUGCCCUCUGUGACAAAUGGUAUCUGUAAGUCACACUGUGUUCUUUCUGGUCCAUAAAUCCAAAUGAGUUGCAUUGGUUGAACUUGGAUGUCUACAGUUGUAGAAAGCAACCAACACGUAUAUAUACUGUGAAGGAUUCUGCAUUUAAAGAUUCUACAUUUAAAAUGUAUCAAUAUUGCUGAUAUGCAAUCAGAAGGUAAUGCAACUUCUCCUAUAAUGCUCUUGUCUAGACAACAGUAGUAGGAGUAAAAAGAAGUAAAAUCUUAUUUAUAUUAGUAAAUUAAAUUAAUAGGAUUGACAUUUGAUUAUAUCUGUGUAACCAUAUUUAAAGGGAUCAUAACUACAUUUAAAAUUAUUGGUAUUCUGGUCUGUUUUGAGAGAGUCCCUAUAAUUAAUUGAUUCUCCUACAAGGUGUCACUACACUAGACUUAUUUAUCUCGAGUUGAUUGACUGCAUUUGUAUAGCCUACUAUGGACACUUUCUAAAUGUUUGUUCCAGGCAACAAACAUUUGUCCUUUACCCUACUAGCUAGUUUAGAUUAAAUAAUUUGCCAAUAAAUGAAAUGCAAUUAAAAAAUCAAAUAACAAAUAAACUUAAUUUAUACUGAUGUAAAAGCACUGCAAGUGAGAGGAGAAGCAAUCCAUCUGGUUCCUCCAGUGAUGAGAGAGAAAUAGUCCUUUCUGCUCUAGUUAAUUUAAUUUAAGGAUAGAAUAGGAAAGUUAAGGUUUGAUUUUUCAGGGCUGCUGAAUGCUAGCAGUUCUCAAAUGUUUGCAGAUGUGGUUAAAGUUCUGAUUUUUACAGAUGCUAAGCACCUGUCAUCUGACAUGACACACUUGCAUCUCCUUCCUUUGAGAAAUAACGUUGUAUAUCCUCUCUUUUCUUACAUGCUUUAAGUACUAAAUUAAAAGUGUUGCCAAUUAAAAUACCAUCAGUUAGAAUCUGAGAGCAACUGCUGACAUCUGUUUGAUGAAGUAGGUUGCUGAAAGUUCAUGCCUUUCUGAACCAUCUUUUUAUUUUCUAAAGAGAUGUUUAGUUUAGAUUUAGGAAGAAGAUUCCUAUUGGCUAAAUACAAUCUGAUUAUUUACAGCCAUUUAAUGGGUACCCAGUAAAAGCAAAAUAAGGGAAAAAUCUCCCAGACCCAAAAUUAAGACACUGAAAAAUAAUUAAAAGAUCUGUCUGCCUACACUCCUAGCUGCAAACUGGUUCUUUGGACAUGCUUUACCUUUUCAGAAACUUUUUUUUUAAGACUACUUUUUCUGCAAAUGUAGCUAAUAUUUACUCUCCCUGCAGAAUAUUCAGCCUGCUAAUUUGUGUGAAAGCAACUCACUGCUUUGUCCUCAUUAAAAUUUUACCCCAAAGUUAGGUGGUGUGAAGUAAAAAUACCUUUUUAUAAUGAAUACAAGACCUACAUUGGGGGGAGGGGGGAAAUCUUUCUUGCAUUUAAGAAGAGAGAGGAGAUGCUUUCUAGAAUGUAAUUGCUUGAGAAAGUUAAUUCUCCUUUACUGUCACAAGAAAGGCAGGUAUUUAAUAUCUUUUUCAGCUUUAAAGCAUGCACAUUAUUUAGAAGGAGUAAUCUGUUGAAUUUGGCAUGAAUCCCUUUGUAUUCCUUCAUCCUUUUUUUGUUUAAAAUGUGACCGAUUUUAUGCAGGAAAGUCAAAUUGUUGCCUUUAUAUUUCAUUAGCUUGAAGGAGGAUUUCUAUUAAUUUGUGCCUUUUUAAUGUUGAUUUUCAUUAACUUCUUAUGAAUCAAAAUUUCCCAUUUGCAAAAUAGCAUGGAUUUAUAUUUCAGUAUUUUAGAAGCUCACUUUAGACAAGACUGCUUUUCAAAGUAGGGAACAAUAAAGUAUUAAACCAUAGUCUUAGUUAUAAUACUAGUACUUCUGUUGGUCUUCCCAGAGAGGUGUCCAAAAUGUUUUUCCAAUGAAAAAUGAAAUGUAAAUAUUUUUCCAUGGACCAUCCUAUUGAAAGUAAUGUAGAACUAUUUUUUGGACUCCUGUCCUCUCAAAGAGGAAACAAAUAUUUCCUUUUUAAAUCUAGAAUGUUUUCUCAGACUACUUUUAAUUUUUGCCAUUUUAUUAAGUCACAUAAGAAGAUACUGUCAUUUAGUUUCAAUAAUUUUGGUCAUCUAUCUUCAUGAAAGUCAAAAUGAGUUAUUAGUUGAUAAUUUCCUUGCUUUCUGCUCAACUGUUAAAAUUUUUGGUGGGGUUAUUUUUGGCAGAUUGUCACUGUUAGUUGAUAUUAAGCAGGCUUAAUUUCAGAAUUACAACCAUUUUUACUCACUGUCAUUUUAGAAUAUUUUAGUAUGACAGUGAAAAAUGUAUUAUAUUUACUGUUUUAUUUUCAAAAUGAAAUUGCAGAGGCACCAUGGUUCACUACUACUGAAAAACAGGAUGCAAUUCUUAGAAUUCAUUAUAUUUUGAAAGCUUUCAGCUUGUAUUGCAAAACGUUUUUAUACCAGAAAAAAAAUAAAUAUAUUUCAGUGUCAUGCUUUACCAAAGUAUUUCUGCAUUAAUAAUUUAGUAAAGAUAAGUGAAAUAAUAAUUUUAAUAAAUACUUUGAGUCUUAAAAAAAUUAUAUGCAUAUUAUACAUAUUUUGAUCAAUACAAAAGAAAAGUGCAUAUAAUUAUAUUUAAAAAUUUAAUGCAGUUGUAACUUUACCAUUGAAUUACAUAUUAGUGACUACUGUAGAUUUGUACCAAAAUAAGCAUGAAUUUAAAUAUUGAUGUGUGUGUAUAUGUUACAUAAAUUUAUGUGUGUGUGUGUGUGGUUUUGAAUUUGUGUUCAAUUAUCAUUGAUGAAAAUAUUAAGCAGUGUUGGGCCUAAUCCCAAUCUUCAUGAAAUAUUAAGAGAAACAUCCCCAUUCAGUGUUGAUUCUCCACUAAGAACUAUUUUUUCAAUUUCUUACUUAGCCAGUUCUGCUCCCUUUUGUGGCUUUAUAGCAGAGUUAACUGACAAGUUGUAUUCCCAAAGCUGUGCUAUUCAUGGUAGGAACAAAGAAAAUGUUUGAUGCAGAAACGGAAAGAUAUUGCUAAAUAAUCCAGCCCUGCUAAUUACAGAUGCAUCCAAACAGCAGUGAGGAAACCACCCCUGUUUGCCAAACACAAUAGAUUAAAUGAACAGCUAGGAAAAAUAUUGUCAAACUUCUGCCACAAACAAUAGAGGUCAUUUAAGGCUUGUUUUCAGUGUAUCAGUGGGAUUCCUUUAAAACAAUUGGACUAGCAGUUGAUGAGUUAUAACUUCAGCUGCAUAGUGACAAUUUACUGAUUUUUUCCCUUUUAAUAAAGUAUUUAGGCUACUGUUAUUUUAGUGGGUUCAGCUGGCAUUUGAUCAGAUUAAAUAUUUAUUUUUUGGAUCUCAAAGGACUUAAGAACAACUGUGUCAAUAGUUAAAGAUCUCUCAGAAAAUCUUUAUUAAAUAAUUAUUAAUGCUGUUAGAAAUUCUGUAUGAUAAUGGAAAAAUCAAAGAAUAACAAAUAAAAAAUAAUACGUCACCUUAACGAAGUACUAUUAAGUAGUUCCAGGAGGGAUAGGAAUGGAAACUGAUAGAGCACCAUAAUACACUUCAAGGGAGAGACCCUGUUUGCAAAAUAACACCCCCAUUUAUGCUAUUUUCUUCCUAUUACAUAAAUUACUUGAUCUGUGUAUUAAGUCUUUCAAUAUAGGUCAAUACCAAAGAUGGAAAAAAGGAACUCAAUUGUGCUAUAUCUAAAACUGCAGCUACACACACACACACACACUCUCUCUCUCUCUCUAGAUAGAUAGAUAGAUAGAUAUUGUUUCAGGGACACCUCAUAACAAUUCUGAACUCUGUGCCCCUACAGUCUUUGUCCUGAUUUGUUUCACAUAACACUAGUUAAAUAAUACUUUUGCUGUUAGUAUUUACAGUUUCAAGCCUAGCCUUUUAUUUAACUUAUUUAAUCCAACUCCUACAUUUCACUAAUACUUAUGUUUUAUAAAAAGUUUAUUUUUUUCCUAAGACCUUCCUGAGCAACAACUACAUCCAUCAUCUGUUAACUCAGAUGUCAGCAGCACUUCCUCAGCUGGUCAGACAGCUGGAGCUUAAAGCCCAACUUUACAUAAAUUAGAGGGAUUUUUGUGCAGACAAGAGUUUAAAUGGAGGCAAACCCCAAGUUCACCAAUAAAGAAGUGAAGGCAAGUUCUUUGAGUACAGAAAAAAAUGAUAGUGUUAGUUUUUUUUUAAAGACACUUUUAGUUUCUUAAGCAAUAAAAUGUUUCUGUCAUUAGAUAACCUUUAUGCCACUUCUGGGCACUGACUGCUUGCCUGAGGCAAAGGAUGAAUAGAAACACUUUGCUUGUUACAAAUAAUAAUAUAUGUCGGUGCUGUUUAAUCUUUGGCUCUCAAGACCAUAAAAUGUGGGGUUCCAGAUUAGCUGUGUAAAUAAAAACUUUUGUCUUAAAAAUAUAAUUUCAAGAAAUAUAUUUCCUGGACCAUAUCUUACAGGUUUUAAACUUACCGUUGGAGGGAGUAUGAGCCAGGAGCUUACUGCAUUGGUUGGAAGAGGAAAGAGAUUUGCUUAUGGCUGCCAUAUUCUCUUUGUUGUCAGGUUGUAGAAGCUUAACUGGUUAUUUCUAAGCCUACCAAAAUAGUUAUAGACAUGGUCUCCUGACCAUUUGGACAAGUAUUAAAAGUUUUGGCCACCAAACCUUUUUAAAAUCACCCCUCUUUAUUCAGUAGUAUGUGAAAGUACAAAACUGCCUUGGCUUUUUAUCAUGAGUACAGCUAGAUGUAGAUGUGGUGGUGGCUGCAGGAGUUAAUACAUCCAGUGCUUGCCCCACACUGCCAAGAUGUUGCGAAUUGGGUUCCAUGCCCCAGAUUUUGGUGGUAGACCCCAUUCCUGAUUGCCCUGGCCCCUAGCCCCAUGGACCACACAACAGCUCUAUGGGCCAAAUCUGGCCAACAGGCCAUAGUUUCAUACCCCUGAUCUAGAGAGAUGCAACCAUAUUCUGGCAAGUUUACAAUAGUGUGGGACAAAUACUGGCCCUAGACCAUAUGAUAGUGAUUUUAUGAGUUAAGUUAAUGUGUUUUAAGUAAUAUGUUAAGGAAACACUUUUCUCUGUGAAAGUACAUUAAGAGAUUGUAUUCCUAGACCUCAGUCCUGCAUCUGGCCCCACAUGGACAGGCCCUUGUGUCUGUGUGGGAUUUUGCUGAAAGCAAUGAGAAUCCAUUUGAGUAUGUGGAUCCACCUCCACAUCCACUUACAGACUAGUGGCCCUCUUUUUUAACGGUGGCCCUCUUUUGUAAAGAUGUGAGUAGUUUUGAUUUAAUGUAAAGGUUUAUCUACCUGGCAGAAAAGCAAAGGAACAACAAUGUGAGAGAAAAAUGGUACCAAGACUCAGAGCAUUAAAAAGAUGGCUAAAUGUUUUUCUUGAUUAUAAAUUCUUUCAGAACCUGUAGUCAUCAAAUCUGCAGUUUCUGAAUUCUUGUUAAACUCCUUGUGUCCUGGUAUUCCUGCAACAUUUAAUGAAAAUGAUAACAUUUGCUUAUUUUGCCAUACAGGAAAACCCAACUCAUUUUUAUGUUGACAAAACAGUUAACAAAUUUGUAUAAUUUUAAAAACAUUUUUAUUAUAAUUACAGUGGGAAUGUAUUUAAACACUGAUAAUUUGGUACCCAAAUAUAAUGUCUUCGCAAGUGUAACAUUUGUCUUAAAAAGGGCAAAACCCAGUUUAAUUUUUUUCUCUUAUAUUUUAUUUUAGAAGUUGAAAAUAAAAUAUUCUUCUUCAAUAAGUUUGGCUUUUCCAUUUAGCAAGGACAAACUUGUAACCUUGUGUUCCUUUUAGAGUUGAAAUUGCUAUACUGGUGGCCUUUUUGUUAUAUCAGUUCAAUAACCCAAUUGGUAAUAUGAUACUAACUGUUGCAGUUACCAGUGGAACCCCAAAUAUUUUAUUGGCCUUUCAGUAAUAGUGGCUAUUUGAGUUUUUCUAAAUUUCAUGGAGAUGGCAUUGAAUUUUUUGUAUGUAUACAGUUUAGACUCUAGAGCAAGGGUGUCAAACACCCCAUUCUUACGCCAGAUCCAGUCUGCCAGGCUUCUCACGGGCCGGAUAUAGAUGAGGUGGUGGCUACAGGAGUGCUUGCCCCACACUGCCAGCAUGUUAAGAAUUGGGUUUUGCCUCGGAUUUUGGUGGUAGACCCCAUUCUUGAUUGCUCUGGCCCCCUACUAGCCCCAAUGGACCACACAACACAUGGGCCUAAUCAGGAAUUAUGGGUGACUAGGAAUAAUGGGUGUAAACUAGUUGAGAGUGGAUUUAGGUUAGAUAUUAGGAAGACAUUUUUCACAGUAAGGGUGGCCAGGAGCUGGAUUGGGCUUCCAAGAGAGGUGGUGCUAUCACCUAGCUUGGAGGUCUUCAAGAGAAGGCUAGAUAGUCACCUGGCUGGGGUCAUCUGACCUCGGUCCUCCUUCCUGCCAGGGGCAGGGGGUCGGACACGGUGAUCCAUUGUGGUCCCUUCCGACUCUACAGUCUAUGAAUCUGGCCUACAGGCCAUAAGUUUCACACCCCUGAUCUAAAGGAUAUUCCCAACCAUAUUCUGACAAGCUUACUGUAGUGUAGGACAAAUGCUGGCCCUAGACCAAGUGGUGGUGAUUUCUUUUGUACAUAUAUUAUUUCUGAAGUAAUGAAUAAUAAUCGUUGUUGCCCUUCCACUAGUGAAUUCUUGUUCCCAUUUUGUACUGCUGUCUUGGAAAAAGAAAUUGGUCUCAUUCUUUCUUGUUUCUAUUCUUAAGAAAAUUAUACAAGUACAGCAGGUAAUGGAGCAUUAAAAUAGAACAUUAGCAUGCAUGUGAUGUAUUUGGCAGCACAGCAAGUACAUUUUUACUAGAUAAUUUGGCAGAAGUUGACAAGUUUAUAACUUUUUUCAUUUGUUGGGAUAUAUUCCUAAUUUGUUCCACUUUGUCCACAUCUGACCUGUGCUCCCUGUUUACAUGAGUUACAACUAGCCUGUGUCUAGCUGUUAAAACAGAAACUUCUUUCAAACAUAGUAGAUGGUUGGUAGAGAAGAGAAAAAAAAGAUACAGAAUAAGAAUUGAGUUAGAACACAUAGCUUGAAGAAUGUAUUUUGAACAUGGUUUUUCCAGGUUGAAGAACAGAAAGAUUUUUGUGUAAAUGUUAGUUGUAGUUCAGGUGUAAGAAGGUCUUUAACUUCUUUGCAAGGUCUUUAGUUGUUUAGUCCAUUUGCUUAACCUCUGGUGAAGUUACUAGCGUGUAACUUGUAUUUCCUUUGUAUGUUCUCUCUCAGACCUGUGAACAAUUUCUUAAGAAUAAGACAUUCUAGGGAACGAGUAAAAGCUGUUCUAACCAUCUCUGUUCACAUUUUUUUAUAUUUUAACUUCACAAGAUGCCAUCUUUUUUUAUCUUUACCUGAGUGAGUCUCAACAAGGCUAUAGCUUUUCCUGUACUUAAUAGGCUAAAAUUUAAUAUGGAAUAAUGGCUUUUACUCAAAUGUUCCCUAAGUAUAUUUAUAGAAUUUAUAUGCAAACAUUUAGUUAAUGAUAGUAAAUAAUAUCUUGUUGGGAUUGUCUCGUUCUAGCUGGGCUAGAAUAAAGAUUUAACUUAUUGUGAAUAAUGUAGAACUCUAGCUUUUUUUGAAAUUAUUUUGAAGAUAUAAAAUGUUGUUUUUCUUCUGUUGCUGCGUGUGUGUAUGUAUGUGUGUAUGUGUGUGUGUGUGUAUACACACACACACACACACACACACACGCUACACAAUAUUGAUUUCUCCUGAAUGCUUUAUUAUGGUGAGAGUUGGCACUGCCAAUUAUUAUGGAUUAUAUAUUCAAACUGAGAGAUUUUAUACUAUGGACUAUUUAUUGAGAAUUGUAAGAAAUCAGCAAAUACUUGUCUAAAAGUUGUAAAGGCAUGUAUUCUUUUUUCCAAGUCUUUAAGUUUUGUUUUGUUUUUAUUAGGCAAGUAUUGAAUGAGUUGUAUCAACUUGACAGCAACAAACAACAAAGUUGAACAUCUGUUGUGCAGAAGAAAUGUGCUAUCUUGUUUUUUGGAUUAUGCUGAAGUGUUUUGUGUGUGAAUUUUAAUUUUUAAACAGCAGUAAGGGCUUACAUUUUACAAAAUUGUGUGUUCACAGAUGUGUUUGAUUUACCUUUAAGAAAAUAAACUUAUGUAACAAGA